UCGAACUAAGUGGCAACUCUGAAACUAGUCUAUUGUUUUGAUUCGCAAUUGUAAAUACAAAAUUAAUUGUUUUUCUGGUUAAUUUAAUAACAAAUCAACAUGACAGAGUUCUGGAAAUCAAACGAGCGCAAGUUUUGCGAUUUUUGCAAAUGCUGGCUGAGCGACAACAAGGCGAGCGUGGCCUUCCACGAAAGUGGCAAGCGCCACAAGCUAAAUGUGGCCAAGAGGAUCACGGACAUCAGCCGGAGCAGCGAGAAAUCGGAAAGGGAGCGCCAGAAAAUGGAUGCGGAAAUCCGGAAAAUGGAGGAGGCAGCCAUGAAGUCGUAUGCCCAGGAUGUUCAUUCCCGCGGGGACAUGACCGCCAGAUCCAUAAACACUGUGAUGAGGGCAACCGCCUCCUCCUCGUCUUCUAGUGGUGCCCACUCCUCAGGAAGAUCGCGCCAAGUAGAUCCAAUGCGACUCGAAGGACUCUCCGAUGAGGAGGAGGACAAUCGGCGGGUGGCUCCUGGCAAAGUAACCAACGAAGCAGCCAUUCCCGAAGCCUCCCUAUGGGUGGAGGGCAAGUCGGAUGAGGGACACACCUACUACUGGAAUGUUAAGACCAAUGAAUCCGUUUGGAAACCUCCCAAGGAGGGCUACUUAUCCUACGAGGAGUACGAGCGGAUUAACCAACUGGCCAUCGAUCAGCAGGAGAUCUCACAGGCACAGGAAUCACUUAAAUUUCGGGCCAACGCCGAUGAGGAAGUGGCGCGAGUGAAUCGGGAAAAGAUGAAGGCAUUCCGUAAACCCGAAAAUCCCAAGGAGAAAAAGCAAAAGGAGGAGAAGCGUAAUGCUUUCAAAACGGAGGAGGAGGCGGCCACCAAAGAGAUUGGCCAGUGGCAAACCGUGGUAGUCAAGGCACCUGAGGAGCCCAUCGACUGGCAGUUGCCCCAAACGGAUUACUACAGUCCGUCCGCCCCCGUGAUUUCGGCUACCAGUGAACCCGAACCUCCAGCCAAGCGCUUCAAGGAGAAGACCAUAGGCGGCUUGGAUCCCGAGACAGCCGCCAGUGCACCUGCCACGUUCAAAAGAAAGUUCAUCAGGAAGGGCAAUAGCCGUCAACGCACGGAGGAUUAGGCUCUUUAUUUAGUUAAUAAUCAGUAGAUAAUAAACUAUUAAGACGUA